AUGACUACUGACGGUGAUAGAACUCGUAUUGACGAUGCCCUUUGUGUGCAGCGGAGUAAACCAAACGGCCUCACUCCAGUAACCACAACUCCCACACGAAACAUCACAACUCCCGUUUCCUUCUCAGCCGCUGCUGCUGCAGGAGCUGCGGAGAAGGCGGCGAAAUUAAAAGCACUUCCCCAGCCAAUUGUACGUUAUGUCCGCCCAACCCCACGUGAACGGCGGGAACGACUGUAUGCAUAUUACGCCGCCCGUGAUAUUCUCUCACGAGACUCUACGGCUGGACAACCCACACGAUCACUGCCAUCCACGAGUACAACCGCAGCCACAGGGAAUCCACCCACCGCUAAUACCAUUACCAUUGAUGGGACUUCUUCUUCUGGUGCUGGAGCUGCAGCGGUUGUGGUUGUGAAUAGUGAUAGGGCCAAUUCCACACUGGCGACGGUAGAUGCUAAUGCUACUACGAUGAAUAGAGGCAUUAGACCUAGUAUGGUUACAAUAGGAGAGUUGUAUGGAAGUGUAGAGGAGGAGGAAGAAAAGGGUUUCUUGGCUAUGCCUUCUCAAUCCCAUAGUAGUGGAACAAAUGAGGAGGGUCAUUUACAUGUAUUACUCUCUCGUUUAGUGAAUGACUAUGAAAAACACUAUAAUCGAUCUACACAUUCAUUUGCAGAGGAGUCGUAUGAUGUACCGGAAAUGCGACCACUUACAACCUCAGAAAUCGACAGAAAAGAACAACAACAACAACAACAACAACAACAACAACGGCCAUUUACAUCAUGUUUGUAUGAAGGGAGUCUUCGAUCAACAACGAGGCAAGAUGAGAGUGGGCGUCGAAGACUAGAUUUCACAUUAUCUAUUCCCUGGAGGAACGAAUCAACAGAUGAAGGUGAUGGAGAAGAGGGCGAGGAAGAAGAAGAAGAAGAUGAAGAAGAAGAGCACGAAAGUGAAGAUUUCCUGCCGCCCAUGUUCCGUCAUGAGCUCCGCCAACAAGAACCAGAAUUAGAAGAAGAAGAGGAAGAAGAGGAUCAAGAGAAGAGAGAUGAGAAUAGUAAUAUCAGUGCCGCAGCGGAUGCGAUUUCAGUAGCGGUGGAAAAGGAACGUCGCACAGAGACAGUAAGACGCCAUAUGUUGAAAGUCCUCGCGAGUAUUGAACGGGCCUCUGGACCUUCCAAAUCAUCUCUUCACAAUCCAAACAAUCCAUCACCUUAUCAUCAUUCUACUAAUAAUAGUAAUAGUAAUGGUAUGGGAGGAGGUCAAGGGGAUCAUUCAUCAUUAAAUCCCAUGGGGGGUUUUCACAAUAAUAAUAAUAAUAAUAAUAAUAAUAAUAAUAAUAAUAAUCCCUUUGAGGAACUCAUUGGGGCCAGUGAGGCUCUCUUCGACAAACAAGUCGGCGCCACUCCACAUAGUCACGUGGUGCAGUUGUUGGAGUGUCUGGCCAACGACACGGCAUUACAACAGUGUGCAGAAGCCACUGCUCGGCUGGUAACGUAUACACUCAUGCGGGCUUUGCCGGUGGAAUUGUAUGAAGGCGAUCCGGUGGAUUAUCGAACCGUCAGACGACGGGCUCGAUGUGCGGCAGCAGCGGCAAAAUCAAAUAAUCAUCAUUCUUCUUCUCCUCCUCCUCCUCCUCCUCCUGCUACUAGUACUACUACUACUACUACUACUCCUAAUCGUAAUCAUAAUCCUACAAAUGAUCAUAAUACUAAUUAUAGUACAAAUACUAAUAAUAAUGCCAAUACAAAUGAAGGAAAUACAGGUAGACCAGCCACUACACCGAGAAAGAGAGAGGAAGGGGUUUUAUCUUCCCCUAUUCCACAAACACCAUCACCAGUGAGAAACAGCCAUCACGCAACGCCCAUCCCAACACCAAGAACUACUCCCACAAGAACAGGAGCUGCAUCCGCCUUUACACGAGAUGAUGGAUUACAUCGUAAAAGUACUGCAAAUAAGUCUUAUAUUACGAAUUUUUCACCUCUUCGUGAAGUAGAGAGAAAUGAUGGGGAGUGUUACUUUCUUCAUCAGGAUUCCAUGUCUCUUACACAGGCACUACAAAGUGUGGCUCUUCGAAAGGGAAUUUGGCUUUCCUCCACCGUACCAAUGAUGCAGCGUCCACCUUUGCAUGCGUGUGGACUCCCACUCCGUACUGCACGUGAUAUCGCCCUCUGGAGACGUCCAUCACCAUGUACGAAGAGAAGUGGAUCACCUGUAAAUGAUAAUCAUUAUCGUCAGCAUCAUCUGAGUCCGAGUCCCCAGCGUAGUGCUAGUAAUAAUAGUAAUAAUAAUAAUAAUAAUAAUAAUAAUAAUAAUAAUAGUGAUAGUAACAAUAACAAUAAUACUAAUAGUAAUCAGGAAGUUGCGCAUCAUGAUGAUGGUCAUUGUAAUAACGGGUGUAAUGUUACUAACAUUACUACUAUUACUACUAAUACUAAUACUACUACUACUACUCCUGCGACUACGCCCCCUAUUCCUUCUUCUCCUGCUCCUGCUUCUGCGGCUGUUGAGGGUGUGAAUGAACCAAACAUCACUACACACAUGGCUCAACUCUUCGCAUCAGAGUCUCGACUACCAACUGCACCGCAAGAACGGGAUGAUUGGCGUCCCACUACAUUAGCUCCAAUUCUCAUUAUUGCUUAUGGUGGUUAUGGUGUGGCACCGUUUAGUAUUGGUAACUCUACACCUGGUACGAGAGAGGGAAGAAUGAGAAGUAUAUUUGGAAAUACGGAAGCUGAAUCUAUGGCACGUGAUGCUUUUCUAGGAGAACACAAUACUGUACUUUCAGCUAUGAAUAACUUUAUGCAUCCAGAGCCAGCGUUAUUACCAUUACAAUCUAUCAUGCAAGCUAUUUACCGUAGUGUUAGACAGAACCGUGUAAACCGUAUGGAUGAAGUCACUGUUGAUAUUUCACCUGUUGUUGUGGAUCUUCUUAUGGAUGUUGUUCAAACAUAUGAGGCCUUUUUUCAAUCUAUCUUGCAAAUGUCUUUUGAACCAGCGUCUGCCCGCUCUUUCUUUGUACACACUUAUCGUGAAACUUUACUAAGUUGGGCGACUAUUGUGAUUUGUGAGAGUGCAGUUGGUUACGCCACCGAGAGAGCCGGGAGAGGACCUGCAGAUGUACAGUGGACAGGCGAGGUGAAACCAGAGAAGUUUACAGAAGAACAAUUAGAAGAAAUUGCCCUUUCUGGUCUUGUAGAGAAGACAUUUCCAAAUAUGACACAAUGGGGAUAUGAUGAACAAUUAUUUCUUCGUACAGUGGAUACAUUACGUGCGGUAAUUCUAGAAACGAUUGGACGUGUAAAAGGGGAAUUGUAUUUUCUUAUUGCUGGUAUUGAUAACCGAGAAGCUGUACUCGCACAAUAUCGUGAGUAUCUACAUCAGAGAAAAGCUAUGCAGUUGGCAAUGCAAGCACGUGCAGAAGAGCAAUUACAAGCACGAUUACCUGGAGGUGCUGCUAACAAUACACUUUCCUCACCUAUUCUUACUUAUACACAUGAUGAUAGUACAUCUCCACUUUCACCUUUUAUUGAUGCCGUGACAGCCGCUCUUGCUGAGAACAGUCUCUCACUCAGUAAUAAUACCGACAAGGAAACUUCACCCUUAAUAAAAACUCAAUGUAUAUCCGGUGAAACUUGGCGAACUGCCCCUUUAGCACGUUCUUCUCGUCAACGUUUUGGUGGUGGUGGUGGUGGUGGUGGUCAUCAUCAUCCCUUUGCGAUGUCUACACAAGCCUGUGAUUUUUUUGCGCACACAACGCCCGAAUGUGGAAAAUUAACACCGGCUUUAAUGUCUUGGCAACCAGGCUAUAGUGCUCCUGCGGCCAGACAUUAUAUGCAUCAAAUGCGUACAUCUCCACGAACUAGAAAUCCAAUGAAACGAAGAGAAACGAGAACUCCACAUGAAGUUUUGAAUAAAACACCAUUAGACUUUUCAGCACGGGGAUUACAAACAUCUUCACUACUGCAAUUAGUGAAUACGGAAUUCACGCAACAUCCAUCCUUUAAUAAUACUACCGUGUAUGAAUCUACUUCUCUGGACGUGGUGGAUCCAAGACAGCCACAUGAACCAAAUCAAUAUCAACGACAAGAGUCUCAUUCUCAUUCUCAUUCUCAUUCUCAUUCGUAUUCUCAUUCCCAUUCACAGUCACGAUUGCAUUUAACACGACGAACAGGAAAGACUUCCCCGGAUAGAAAUAUCACAUGUCGUUCACAUAUCGCAGAACUUCCGGAUAACUUAACCGUACGCUCUGUACGUCGAGAGUUAGUAGCAUUAAAAUUUCGCGGUGCCCGUUCCACUGAUACACCCACGGUUACUCCAGCCCCUAAUAAUUACACAACUUCCUCUUCUUAUAAUACCACACAGACUUCAACUCCUGCUGGACAAGUGAUUGGUAUAUCUGAGACAGGAACGGGAAUGGGUGGAAUGAGUGGGACGGCAACUUCUUUUUCACCACAAACUACAAAUGCUUUCACCACGACGACGACGGCACUUUCCCAAACACAUAAACAUACAAAUACAAAUAGUCCUCUCUUACCUGUGAACGCGUCUGGACCAUCUUUUGCAGAAACCCUCAUGUCUACACCAUCUCCCAUAGACACAACGGGAGUUAAAAAGCCCAAAGGAGAUACCUGCAGUGAAACCCUGGCCAGUGUGGUUGGCCCACGACAAGCCACAGCCGUGGCCCGAUUGCAAAGAGCCUGUGAAAACACAGCCCAAUUUCGUCUGCGAUGUAAUGAUUUGGGAAAAGGUGAGGAAAGUGGAAGUCGCACAACUGUUAUGGAGACACAGUGGUAUGCAAUGGGAAGUCUUGGCUUUAUUGAACGGCGUACAGUGGCGUGUAUUAAACGAUCUCGUCAAGUGGCCGCAUUUGAUCUUCGGCAUAUUUCACCCAUUACGGCGUUGGGAAAAUGUGUGAUGCGGACAGGAGAGGAGAGCAGCAGCCCUUCACAGCCCACAAGUAGUGAGAGACCAGAGCGACAACAACAACAACAGUCAAUACCACGUGAUAGACUCAAACCCAAACAACUUCACUUGGGAAGAACAAUCAUUCCAUGGACUUUGUAA